AGAAGAAGAGGAAGCGCGAGAGAAGGAGAAGAAGAAGAGGAGGAAGCAGGAGUUUGCCGGGAAAGAGAAGGGUGCCGGCGUCGUCGUCGUUGGCGGCGGCGGCGGAAAAAGCAGAGGAGGAGGAGGAGGCGGUGGCGGCGAAGACGGCGAAAAAGAAGGAGGAGAAGAAGACCGAGAAGGAGACGGCAAAGGCGAAAGAAGUGGAGAGGCGGCGGUGGUGGUCGGUGGUGGACAAGGUGGGGAGCAUUAACAAGAAGGAAUACAGAGGAAAGGCAGCUGUAGUAGGGGUACCGAAGAGACUACACAGUGCAGAAGCCGAGGUAGCGCACUGAGCCACGAGGGGCUAUUCGAGCGAGAAGGGGAGGGUGACAAGAAGCACUGGCGGGGAGGGGACGAGGCCUUCGGGGGGCCGACCAACCAGACGGCCGAUGAUGUCAUCGGAGGAGGAGACCGAGUGUUUCGCCCUCUACGGAGCAACCACGGAAAGCAAGCAACAGCAACUCUUGAAGAAGCAGAAGCGCACCAGACAGCGCGUGGACGCCGGCGAGCCGCGCAACAGCUACUCGAGUAUACCGAACUUUAGCUCCCGGCCAUCCUUCCUCGGUGGUGGUUUAUACGGCUCGCUCUUCAGUGGUACCGGACCACCGUCGCAUCAACAAUCGCAACAACAGCAGCAACAGCCGCAGCAACACCACCAGUCACAAUCGCAACAACAACAGCAACAGCUCCAGCAACAGGCUGGAGCGACUGGCAGCCAAAGUCAUUUAGGUACAGCUACGACGGGUCCUACUACUCAGCAGCAUUCCGCCCACGCGGCCUUCGGCUUCUUCGGGGCUCCGGGCUUCGGCCCCGCCAAGAUGCUGAACGAGUUAUUAGGAAGGCAGGUCAAACAAGCAAGUGACGCUGGCGGAUCACCGCCAGAGGGCGGUCACGGGAUGACCGGUGCCGGCAUGGAUACUGUUUCGAAUUUGCAACCGGGCGCCGUAGUUAAUUGUGAUGAUCCCGCUACGGCCGACCUCACGCAGCACAUGUUACGCGACAUGCUUCUGCAAGGGCGCAAACUCUCCGCUCUCGGCGUGCAGGAACAACCGAACAAUAACAACAGUAUACAUAAUAACAACAAUAAUAAUACUACCGCGGAAUUACUUAAAUCACAGCAUCAGCAGAGUCCCCAACAGCAUCAACAACAAAACAGUGAUAGUGCGCGCAGUGGAACAGUGCAGAGUGGCGGGGAGGAGAGUGGUGAUGGUAAUAACGUCGUGAAUAGCGCGAAUCACAGUGAUCGUGAUACCGUGAUGCCGGGCGAUGCUGAAGACAGCGCUGAGGAUGCUGCUUCCGCGGCACGUGCGAUGGAGGAGGCUUUUGCCGAAGCCGGUAUGGAACCAGGAGCGAACUUAGAUGGAUCGGAUUGCGAGCAAAGCCUACCUCCUAGCCCACCGGCACCUAGAUCGGGCUCCGUUAAAGAAGAACUACAAGAGUCGCUGAAUAUGAAACGUAGCCCCAGUCAUUCUCCUUGUCCGAUCGUGCCAAAAACCGAAACGAACUCUCCAACGACAGAGAUUAAACGCGCUCGUGUGGAGAACAUCGUCAGCACGAUGCGCAGUAGUCCGGCGCUUCAGCCGGCAACGGUAAAUGGUUGCAAGAAGCGCAAGCUUUAUCAACCGCAGCAACAGACGGUGCAUCACGUUCUCCAGCAUAGUGUCAAUGAUACCAUGAUGGACGACGAUGACGAGAGCGAAGAGGAGGAGGACCCGGCAACGAUCAGACAGAAACGGGAGGAGAAAGAUAACUUGAAAAUACAAUUAAAAAUGUUGCACGAGCAAUUGGCGGAAAUGCAACAAAAGUAUAUGGAACUCUCCAGUAGAAUGGAGCCAGAUACAAGUGAGAGCGGCGACGCGCCACCCAGUCCUCAACCCACUCAUCAACCACAACCACCACCAAGACCGCCACGACCUCAUCCACCGCCGUACACCAACGGCCUCCCGACCCUCCCACCUGAUCACCCCCACGCAGCAGCUGCUGCUAUGUAUCACAUGGGCCAUAAACUUUAUUUUGAACAACAACAUGCUGCCCUUGAGAGAAUGAAACAACAUCAAGAAGCGGCUGUGCGGCAGCAGCAACAGCAACAACAGCAGCAGCAACAGCAGCAGCAGCAGCAGCAGCAACAACAGCAGCAGCAGCAGCAGCAGCAGCAACAUCAACGACAGAGUUCGCCACCGCCACCAAGCCAACCUCAGCAACAGAGCCAGAACAACACUGGUCCUCCGACGCCGCAGACGCCGCAAAUGCAAACAGCCAGUACGCCUAUUCAACAUAAAGACUUCCAAGAAAGGUUAAACGUCUUCAGGGGUGCCGCCGCAGCAGCCAGCUCGUCCGGUCCUCAUAUCACCGGUGCCGAUUUGGAAGGCCUGGCGGAUAUCUUGAAGACGGAAAUAACUUCUUCUUUAACAAAUUUGAUUGACAGCAUAGUAUCAAGGUUCGUGCAACAGAGGAGGUUUCUCGGUAAGCAAAACGAGGCAGCGCAGGCUGCUGCAGAGCAGCUCAAUAAGGACCUUCUUUUGGCGAGCCAAAUGCUCGAAAGAAAAUCGCCCAGGACGAAAGUAGUUGAUAGAGGAGCUCCACAACCACCCGGUGGCCCAAACGGGCCACGGGGGCCCCUCAACAGUGGGCCCCCUCCUCCACAACCCACGGGGUUUUCACAAAUCGGGUCCAUAGGUGGUGUACCCCAUGGCCCUCAUACUGGCCCCACGGAAAACAAUCUUAACCAGAUGAAUCAGCUGCCCUCGCAUGCAAGGCCGAGCGUUGGAAUGUUUCAGACCCCAAAACCACCGACGAUAUACGCCAUGGCCUCCAUGCAAGCGCAGCAACAACAACAACACCAACAGCAACAUCAACAACAACGCGAGCAACAUCAAAGGGAGCAACAACAACGCGACCAAUAUUGCAAUAUGAGAGGUGACGAAAGAGAAAACAGGGACUCGGAACAAAAUGAAGCUCUGUCACUCGUCAUGACGCCGAAGAAAAAACGUCAUAAGUACGGUUUACAGGUGACGGAUACGAGAAUUACUCCGAGAACGGUAUCCCGAAUCCUAGCGCAGGAGGGAAACGGAUCUCAAGGAGGUAGUGAUAGUCCCCCGCCUCCUCCACCACCGAGACCCUACCAUGCGCCACCGAUGCUGCCGGUGUCCCUGCCAACCAGUGUAGCGAUACCAAAUCCAAGCCUCCACGAGAGUCAGGUGUUCUCGCCCUAUUCGCCGUUUUUCAACCCACACGCGAGUCAUCCUGGUCAAGUACCACCUCCGGGGCCACAUCAUUUACCCGCGAGUCCUCCGGGUGGAGGUGUAGAACUCAGGGAUUCCCCUCCACUGCCCCAUCCGCCAGCUAUGUUGCAUCCAGCUUUGUUGGCGGCAGCCCAGCACGGCAGUCCGGACUACGGACACCUUAGGAUGGACAGCAAUGACCGAGCUAGCGACUGUAAUUCCGGCGACAUCAGCUACGAUGGAAUUCAGCCUACAUCGUCGACGCUGACGCCGAUGCAUCUGAGGAAGGCGAAGCUGAUGUUCUUCUGGGUCAGGUACCCAUCCUCGGCCGUCCUUAAGAUGUACUUCCCCGACAUCAAGUUUAAUAAAAACAAUACAGCGCAGCUGGUCAAGUGGUUCUCCAACUUCCGGGAGUUCUACUAUAUCCAAAUGGAGAAAUACGCGAGACAAGCAGUUUCGGAGGGCGUGAAGAACGCCGAGGAUCUCCGAGUCGGUGGCGACUCCGAAAUCUACCGGGUUCUCAACCUUCACUACAACCGUAAUAACCACAUUGAGGUACCCAGCAACUUUAGGUACGUUGUGGAACAGACGUUGAAAGAGUUUUUCAAGGCGAUUCAGGGCGGUAAGGACUCCGAGCAAAGCUGGAAGAAGUCCAUCUACAAGGUGAUUUCGAGGUUGGACGAUCCAGUACCGGAGUACUUCAAGAGUCCGAACUUCCUGGAGCAGCUCGAAUGA